AUGUACAUUAAGCAGGUUAUAAUUAAAGGGUUCAAAUCUUAUAAAGAUCAACAAGUCAUUGAUCCCUUCAGUCCUAAACACAAUGUCAUUGUUGGCAGAAACGGCUCUGGUAAAAGUAACUUUUUUGCAGCCAUCCGUUUUGUUUUAGGUGAUGCUUAUCAAAACUUGAGCAAGGAAGAAAGGCAAGCAUUACUUCAUGAAGGCGUUGGCGCAGCUACUAUUUCAGCUUUUGUGGAAAUUAUCUUUGAUAACUCGGAUAAUCGAUUUCCUACUGGAAAAGAUGAAGUCGUUUUACGUAGAAGCAUUGGUUUGACAAUGGAUGAUUAUACAUUGGACAGAAAAGCAAUCACCAAAUCAGAAGUAGCAAGUUUGUUAGAAAGUGCAGGCUUUUCAAAAGCCAAUCCUUAUUAUAUUGUUCCUCAAGGCAGAAUCACUUCACUCACAACAGCAAAAGAUGAAGAUCGACUCAAGAUUUUAAAAGAGAUUGCAGGUACAAGAGUGUAUGAAGACAAAAGAGCUGAAAGUAACAAGUUAAUGCAAGAGACACAUUUCAAAAAGACAAAGAUUGAUGAAGUGUUGUCCUACAUUCAGGAUCGUUUACAAGAAUUAGAAGCCGAAAAGGCCGAACUCUCUGAAUUCCAGGAAUUAGAUAAAGAACGUCGAACGAUUGAAUAUACCAUUUAUGCUCGCGAACAAGCGAGCGCUAAUAGAAGACUCGACGAUUUGGAAGAGGAAAGAAGGAGACAUAUCAACUCGAGCGAAAGUCUACGAGACAGUUAUUUAAAGAACGAGGAAACUGUUCAACAACAAAAAACCAAAUUACGUGACAUCCAGCAGUCUAUUCAACUGUACGAAUCAGAAAAGAAGGAUUUCCAAGACGAGCGUGAGACAUUGAUGAAGGAACGAGCGCAACUUGAACUUUUGAUCAAGGACCUUGAAGACUCUCAGAUGUCGGAAGAAGAGUUCAAAUCCAAAAUGGAGAGCGAAAUUCGAGCCAUGGAUGAACAAAUCAACACGCAACAAGCUACACUUGCUCAAAUUAAGCCACAAUAUGAUGAGUAUGUCCAGCAAGAACAGCAAUACAGAUUGCAAUUACGUAUCUUACAAGCGGAACAACAUCAUAUUCAUGCUAAGCAGGCCAGAGCUUCUAAAUUCACUAGCCAGUCAGAACGUGAUACAUGGCUCAACCGACAAAUUCAGGAUAUCACACAUAACCUGACGAUACGUCAAAACCAGCUUCGUCAGUUGGAAGCUGAAAAGCAGCAAAUCGAACAAGAUGUUGCCAAGAAAACAAAGGAGGCUCAGCAACUGAAGGAGGCUCAUCGUCAACAAUUUGAAGAACGUGAACGCUUAGCCAAUGAAGAAUUACAAUUAAAACUGCAGCGUGAUGAAGCGAUGGAAGAAAGAAAACAAUUGUGGCGUGAAGAAGCAAAAAUGGAGGCUGUUGUACGAAACUGUCGCGAUGAAAUUCGUAAGGCAGAACGAACAUUAGCCAAUGCGAUGGAUAAGAAUAUCAGUACAGGGUUAGCUGCCAUUCAUCGCAUUGUAAAAGAGCAAGGCUUGACAGGUGUAUAUGGUCCUAUUUUUGAAUUACUUCAGGUGGCGCCCGAACUUGAAACAGCGGUUGAAGUCGCGGUUGGCGCCAGUUUAUUCCAUGUUGUAGUGGACACAGAUGAAACAGCGACCCAGUUGCUCGAGAUCAUGAACCAUGAAAAAUCGGGGCGAAUCACAUUUAUUCCUCUGAAUCGCGUCAAGCCACGUUCUCAACAGCAACGACAGCAGGAGGAUUCUUUUGAUAGAGAAGAUGCGGUUCCAUUGAUCAGUCAGGUUUCUUUUGACCCUCAAUUCCAACUGGCUUUUGAGCAGGUGUUUGGUGGUAUCAUCUUGUGUCGUACCUUGGAAGUCGCUACUACUUAUGCAAAGACGUACCAUCUGACGGUGGUUACUGCUGAGGGUAAUCGUGUGGAUGGUCGUGGUGCCAUGUCAGGUGGUUAUAUAGAUACCAAACGUUCUCGUCUGAGCGCCGCCAAAAAAUUGAGAACGUGGCAAGCACAACUAGAAGAAGAACUAUUACGUGGUAAAGAUAUCAAACAAAAUCUUUUGCAGCUUGACCAAAAGGUCACGCAGAUUGUCAGCCAAUUGCGUAUGUUGGAAGCCAAGAAGAAGAAAUUGCAACUCAAUCAGGCUGUGGAUGACGUACAAUUAGCAGAAGCCAAGUUGCGAAAGGAAGAAGAUUUAUUGAAGAGUAGCUUGCUGCAAAAAACAAGAGCAUUGGAUAAUAUUCGUGUACACGGACAAUUGUUGGAGAAACAGUUGAUCAGUUAUCAGAAUGAACUUCAGUCAGAAUUGAUUCAAUCUCUCACUUCGGAAGAACAAGAGAUUUUGCAAAGAAAUACUACAGCGAUAGAAGAGAUUCGUCAAAAGACAGCAGAAACCAAAAAAAUGAAGGAUCAGCUUGAAGAACGCAUGAAUAAACUGAAAGACACUCUAGAGAACCAACUUUUACGUAAAAAGGAAGACUUGCUCAAUAAGAAAGAUAGAGUUAUCACUCGAGGCAGUUUGAACGAUUUGAACCGAUCCAAGAAUGAGCUCAAAGCGAUUACAAAAAAACUGGUGCGUUUAUCAAAACGAAUUGGUGAUUUGGAUAAUGAAACGGAUCGAUUACAAGAGGAGGAUGCCAACAUUACAUCCGGUCUUGAACAAGCGGUGGAAGUACAAAUGAAGAUUACACAAGCUAUCCAACGUGAAGAAAAACGACUGGAAGAGAAUUUACUUAAACGAUCCUUACUUACACAAAAGAAAGAGGAAUGUAAUGCAAAUAUUCGUGAUCUUGGUGUUUUACCAGAUGAAGCCUUUGAAAAGUACAGUCAAACCUAUCGUAUUGAAAAGUUAUUGAGAAAACUACAUCGCGUCAACGAACGACUCAAGAAGUAUAAUCACGUGAACAAAAAGGCAUUUGAACAGUAUGGUAGAUUUACAAAGCAGCAAGAGCAACUCAAUAAACGUAAAGAGGAGCUUGAUACAUCAGAAGAUAAGAUUCGUGGUUUGAUUGACAAUUUGGAUCGACGUAAGAAUGAAGCCAUUAAACGUACGUUCCAUGACCUGAGCAUCAAGUUUGCAGAAAUUUUUGAACAGUUGGUACCUGACGGAAAGGGUGAAUUAGUGAUGAAGUCAGAUUCAACAACAAUACAAAGUAUGGAUUUAGAUAAUAGUAGUAGUAGUAGUCAGAGCAUUCAUAGCAAUUCUGCUGCGGAAAGAUACAGCGGUAUCUCAAUCAAGGUAUCGUUUAAUAGCAAAUCAGAUGAAGGCCUAAUCAUGCAGCAACUUUCUGGCGGUCAAAAGUCACUUGUGGCUUUAGCUUUAAUCUUUGCUAUUCAAAAGUGUGAUCCUGCACCGUUCUAUUUAUUUGAUGAAAUUGAUGCCAAUUUGGAUGCUCAAUAUAGAACAGCUGUAGCAGAUAUGAUACAUAAAAUGUCAAAUGAUGCACAGUUUAUUACAACUACAUUUAGACCAGAAUUAAUACAGAAUGCAGACAAAUUUUAUGGCGUUACUUUUCAUGCCAAGGUCUCACGUUUCCACGAUAUUGAAAAAGAAAAUGCCAUGGCUUUUAUUGAACAUGAACAGCUUCACUAA